CUUCUACUUUGCCUAAACUACAAAAUAACACUAAUUCCUCUGUUAAUUUAGACCAAGUUUGACUGUCAAAACUUGGUAAAAAUGACCACCAACUCUCCUCUACUUCGCUUUUGUUAUGUUCUUGGGCCGGUAAGCCCCAAAAGACGCAAACGCAUCCCGGUAUAAGCUUUUGAUUUUCAAAUCGGUGCAAAAUCCGGUCCAUUUCAGGUCCAUUUUCCCUGACCACGGUCCAACAAGAAACAACAGUUUUGUACCGGUACUCACUACCCCUGACUAUAAUGAUGGCCUAUCUACGACAAGUACGCUGCAAAAGUGUAUACCACAAAAUGGGACUUCACGUGUUGAAGCCAACAAGCAUGGACGACUUCGAGCCAGUUGAGACAAAAGUACCAGUGGGCAGCCCAGCCCGGUUCUUCAGAGACCACGGCCGCGACUACUUCGUGUGCUGUGCCGAUUUCCAGACCCUGGCGCUCGUGUUGGUCAAGCCAAAAGAAAUGUUUACUCUUAAGGGAGAUCCUUUCUUCAGGGAGGCCUUGCGACGACAAGCGGACGAACUCCUGGUGAUUCCGUUCUCCGAGUUGGCAGACGUGGCUGCUGAGGUUGCCGCUGACGUGGCGAACAUCACGACUAUUUUUGUUCAUAUAACGAUGCGCUGCGGCUCUACACUACUGAUCAAGUCGCUAGAAGCAAGCGGCCUGAUGCACAGUUUGUCCGAAUCUGACGUGUACGCCAACAUUUCUCGGUACGUCCUGUCAAAGAAGGCCAUGCCUGAAGAUGUCACAGAGAUGUUGUUGGAGGUCAUUCGACACAUCAACACCCUGUUCAACUACACUCUCCUGCUGAAAGACCCUUCCAAAACUAUCACCUGUUACAAAAUGCGCGGACAGGUUUUCCCCAUAGCGGAUCUGUUGCGGAGGGCCUUGCCAGAAGUGAAGACCGUCUUACUCUACAGAAACCUCCUUGGUACGGUGGACUCUUGGGCUCACGUUAUGGCCGAGAGAAGCUACUGGAAGUAUUGGUUAAUCACAGCCCUUAGGCUAGAUUCUUUCUACAUCAACAACUUCCUUCAUUGGGCACCAAAUUCUCCAUGGGAAAACCCAGUGUUCAGGUGUAUCCCCGUCCCGCACGGGGUUGUUUGGUUCACAGCAUGCGUCUGGCUCGAGUUCAUGCAGAAAGCCCACGACCUGACGAAAACAGAUGCCCACCGAUGUUUCGACGUGAUCCUAAGAUACGAGGAGCUGUGUAAAUACAAGGAGAAGAUGGUCGCGAAGGUCAUCGAAAUUCUUGGUAUCAAGUGUGUUAGCGAGGAUGCAAAACUGAAGAUACGAGAAGUGUUUGGAUUCAACAGCCAGACCGGACAUUCUCUCGCCAGUAGGGGACCGUGUCGGGGAGAUAGUUGGUUGGGGCAAUGGGAGAUGGGGAUCAUUUCAAAGAUUCUUGAUCAUGUCAAUUGCGAGGAGAUCAGCCGACCAGAUUUUGUACUUAACGGGACCAUGACACAGAUAUAUGAUACCAAUGGGAUCGUUUAGUCAGUCUGCACGAAGUCCUCCCUUCCGGUUUCAAUUGGGAUUGGGCUGUUUAAAAAAAUAACGGUACAGGGCAUCGUCAGCAGUCUUGGCAUCAAAUGUGUCCAUGAAGAUGCAUAACUGAAGAUAGGAGAUGUUAUUGGAUUUAAAAUGCUAUUUCCUGCAUUUUUAGGGCAAAUUUUGCUGCCAGACUAAUCCAAGCAACGUAUUUUCACGAUUUUGAACGCUGAAGACGAUAGCUGUAUUACAUUUCUGUAAAAAA